AGAGGUUGGACGCUUGAGAAAAGAGGUUGGACACUUGAGAAAAGAGGUUGGACACUACAUAAAAGAGGUUGGACACUUCAGAAAAGAGGUUGGACACUUCAGAAAAGAGGUUGGACACUACAGAAAAGAGGUUGGACGCUUCAAAAAAGAGAUUGGACACUUCAGAAAAGAGAUUGGACACUUCAGAAAAGAGGUUGGACACUACAGAAAAGAGAUUGGACACUUCAGAAAAGAGGUUGGACACUUCAGAAAAGAGGUUGGACACUACAGAAAAGAGAUUGGACACUUCAGAAAAGAGGUUGGACGCUUGAAAAGAGGUUGGACACUUCAGAAAAGAGGUUGGACACUUCAGAAAAGAGGUUGGACACUACAGAAAAGAGAUUGGACACUUCAGAAAAGAGGUUGGACGCUACAGAAAAGAGAUUGGACACUUCAGAAAAGAGGUUGGACACUACAGAAAAGAGGUUGGACGCUUGA